AAUGAAGCCCAACGUCAACCCUCAUCCCUUACCACUAGCCCUUCACUAUAUAAGUGUGCCCUCCAAACCUGCAAAACAACCAACACAUCUGCAACCCCUCAAGCCCACACACUCACCACCACCACAACAAAGAUCAACGAUAGACAUGGUUAGAGAACUCAAAUCUUCCCAAUUCUUUCUUCCACUCCUCUUCAUCGGGGCGAGCUUCUUUUUCUCCUUCACUGAAGCUGCUCGUCCGUUCAAUAUUUUAAAGGCUGGUAUCACUGAAGAGAUCAGCUCUGGGUUCUUUGAUAUCUUGUCUCUUGGAGGAAUCAAGAGCUCCGGUCCAAGCGCUGGUGGUGGAGGUAACAAGUUCAUCAAUACUCAGACUCUCGGAGGGAUUAAAGAUUCAGGUCCCAGCCCCGGCGGAGGUAACAAGUUUACAAACGCUCAGACCCUCGGAGGAAUUAAGGAUUCCGGUCCCAGCCCUGGCGGAGGUAACAAGUUCACAAAUGCACAGACCCUUGGAGGGAUUAAGGAUUCUGGUUCCAGCCCUGGUGUUGGCCACAAGUUCACAAAUGCUCAAACUCUUGGAGGGAUGAAGGACUCUGGUUCGAGCCCUGGUGUUGGCCACAAGGUCACAAACGCCCAAACUCUUGGAGGGAUCAAGGACUCUGGUUCCAGCCCUGGUGUUGGCCACUCUUUCACAAACGACCAAACUCUUGGAGGAAUCAAGGACUCUGGUUCCAGCCCCGGUGUUGGCCACUCUUUCACAAACGCCCAAACUCGUGGAGGGAUUAAUUAAGGACUCUGGUUCCAGCCCUCGUCAGGGACAGGGGAUUGGUGCAACAGCUGAGACUCUCAACUCCUGCUGCUGAAGAACCUUCUUCUUCUUCUUUAAUGAUUGUUUCAUUUAUUUAUUUAAAUACGUAUGAAAAUACUAUGAUAUAUAAUAGGAUACAUAUGAGUAUAUAGUGAUACGGGUACCCCAGUUUGGGUAUGUGUAAUAGGAAGAAAUCAUUUAUUCUUUUGAAGGUCUGUAUCUUAGUUCUUACAGAUCUCCGCCACCCAUUAUAGUCCUUUGGCUACUUACUAUAAAUCAAUGAAGAAUAUUUUCACCAAUAAAGUGUAGGCUAUUGUACUCUGAA